GGUAAAGCAGAUAUCGCGCGAUUUCGUGCAAGGCCACGCCCACGUUUGAACGACUAGAUUGAAGGGGAAAAAAAAAAAAAAAAAAAAAAAGCCGGCAGCAGCUGCAGGGUGAGCGCGCGCUUUCAGCUCCGGAGUGACUCCCGCCAGCCUCGUGCAGCAUCGCGCCGCCCCCUCCUGAGCCGGCUCCUGUCUAUUGUCGGUUGUGGCCGUGUGAGUAGACAACAUGUCCGAGGAAAGUACCGAGCAGCGGAAAGAGCCGGCCACUGAAGUGAAGGAAGAAGAAGAGAAGAUGACGGUGGAAGAGGCGACGGAGGCUGACGGGAACCAACCGCAGCCGGGGAAAGAUGAAGCCGCGGCGGAGGAGGAAGCGGUGGAGGACCCUGGAAAAGAUGAGAACGACUCCCCUAAUAAAUCAAAAGAGAGCAAUGAGAUGGAUCCUGGUUAUGAAGAGAAAAGGAAAGAAGACCGCACCAAUAGAUUUGAUUACCUUCUGAAGCAAACCGAGUUGUUUGCUCACUUCAUUCAACCAGCAGCACAGAAGACACCCACAUCUCCAUUAAAAAUGAGGCCUGGUCGUCCUAGGUUGAAGACAGACGAGAAGCAGAAUCUGAUAUCUGCAGGAGAUAACCGCCAUCGGAGAACAGAGCAGGAAGAGGAUGAAGAACUUUUAACUGAAAGCUCCAAGACUACUAAUAUUUGCACCAGAUUUGAACAGUCUCCGUCAUAUGUUAAAGGUGGUACGUUAAGAGAUUACCAGGUCAGAGGCUUGAACUGGCUUGUAUCCUUGUACGAGAAUGGCAUUAAUGGCAUACUGGCUGAUGAAAUGGGUCUCGGCAAGACUCUGCAGACAAUUAGUCUUCUUGGGUAUAUGAAACACUACAGGAGCAUUCCUGGACCACAUAUGGUGUUGGUUCCUAAGUCUACCUUGCACAAUUGGAUGGCUGAAUUCAAAAGAUGGGUGCCCUCCCUCCGUGCAAUCUGCCUUAUUGGUGACAAGGAUCAAAGAGUGACCUUUAUUCGUGAUGUUCUUUUGCCCGGGGAAUGGGAUGUUUGUGUGACAUCAUAUGAAAUGCUUAUUAAGGAGAAGUCUGUGUUCAAGAAGUUUAACUGGCGAUACUUGGUUAUUGAUGAAGCACACAGAAUCAAGAAUGAAAAAUCUAAGCUGUCGGAAAUCGUGAGAGAAUUUAAGACGACAAAUCGUCUCCUCUUAACAGGGACCCCUCUUCAGAAUAACUUGCAUGAACUUUGGGCACUUCUGAAUUUUCUGCUGCCAGAUGUGUUUAACUCUUCAGAGGAUUUUGACUCCUGGUUUGAUACCAACAACUGUCUUGGGGAUCAAAAACUGGUGGAGCGUCUUCAUUUGGUGUUGAGGCCGUUCCUCCUGCGACGUAUAAAAGCUGAUGUGGAAAAGAGUCUCCCCCCAAAGAAGGAAGUCAAAAUCUAUGUCGGUCUAAGUAAGAUGCAGAGAGAAUGGUAUACAAAGAUUUUAAUGAAAGACAUUGACAUUUUGAACUCCUCAGGGAAGACUGAUAAAAUGAGGCUGUUGAAUAUCCUGAUGCAGUUGAGAAAGUGUUGCAAUCAUCCGUACCUUUUUGAUGGUGCGGAGCCUGGUCCUCCGUACACCACAGAUGUGCACUUAGCUACUAAUAGCGGUAAAAUGGUUGUGCUGCACAAGCUGCUCCCCAAGCUAAAAGAGCAAGGUUCUCGUGUGCUGGUAUUCAGCCAGAUGACAAGAGUCUUGGAUAUCUUGGAAGAUUAUUGCAUGUGGCGAAAUUAUGAAUAUUGCCGUCUGGAUGGACAAACGCCGCACGAUGAUAGACAAGAAUCCAUCUUGGCUUUUAAUGAUCCGGAGAGCACAAAAUUUCUAUUUAUGUUGAGCACACGUGCUGGUGGACUUGGUAUUAACCUCGCUACAGCUGAUGUUGUCAUAAUAUAUGAUUCUGACUGGAACCCCCAAGUAGAUCUUCAGGCCAUGGACCGAGCACACAGAAUUGGGCAGACGAAAACUGUGCGAGUGUUUAGAUUCAUUACAGACAACACAGUAGAAGAGCGUAUUGUGGAGAGAGCGGAGAUGAAACUACGCCUGGAUUCCAUAGUUAUUCAACAAGGAAGGUUGGUGGACCAGAACUUGAAUAAGCUAGGGAAGGAUGAAAUGCUGCAGAUGAUUCGACAUGGAGCCACACACGUGUUUGCCUCAAAGGACAGUGAAAUCACUGAUGAAGAUAUAGAUGCCAUCUUGGAAAGGGGAGAAAGGAAGACGGCAGAACUCAAAGAGAAACUUUCAAACAUGGGUGAAAGUUCACUGAGAAACUUCACUGUGGAUACGGAGUCCAGUGUGUAUAACUUUGAAGGUGAAGAUUACAGAGAAAAGCAAAAGAUGGCAUUUACUGAGUGGAUUGAGCCACCAAAACGUGAAAGAAAGGCAAACUAUGCUGUGGAUGCCUAUUUUAGAGAAGCACUUCGUGUCAGUGAGCCCAAAAUACCAAAAGCUCCACGUCCCCCAAAGCAGCCCAGUGUUCAGGACUUCCAGUUCUUCCCUCCACGAUUGUUUGAGUUGCUGGAAAAAGAAAUUCUAUAUUAUAGAAAAACCAUUGGAUAUAAGGUGCCUCGCAAUCCAGAAUUGCCUAAUGCAGCCCAGGUGCAAAAGGAGGAACAGUUAAAAAUUGACGAAGCAGAACCACUUAAUGAUGAAGAGCUAGAAGAAAAGGAGAAGCUGCUAACACAGGGCUUCACCAAUUGGAACAAGAGAGAUUUCAAUCAGUUUAUUAAAGCUAAUGAAAAAUGGGGAAGAGAUGACAUUGAAAACAUUGCCCGUGAAGUAGAAGGCAAGACUCCUGAUGAUGUAAUGGAGUAUUCAGCUGUGUUUUGGGAAAGAUGUAAUGAGCUCCAAGACAUAGAGAAGAUCAUGGCCCAAAUAGAAAGGGGAGAAGCAAGGAUACAGAGGAGAAUAAGCAUAAAGAAAGCAUUGGACACAAAGAUUGGUCGAUACAAGGCGCCCUUUCAUCAGUUGAGGAUAUCUUAUGGCACCAACAAGGGCAAAAAUUACACAGAGGAAGAAGAUCGUUUUCUUAUCUGCAUGCUGCACAAACUUGGUUUUGAUAAAGAAAAUGUGUAUGAUGAACUCAGGCAGUGCAUUAGGAACUGUCCUCAGUUCAGAUUUGACUGGUUCCUGAAAUCAAGGACUGCAAUGGAACUACAAAGAAGAUGCAAUACUCUGAUCACUUUAAUUGAAAGGGAAAACCUUGAAUUGGAGGAGAAGGAAAAAGCUGAGAAAAAGAAACGUGGUCCAAAGAGUUCUUCAGCUCAGAAACGAAAAAUGGAUGGUGCUCCAGAUGGCAGAGGGGGGAGAAGAAAGAAGCUUAAGCUUUGAAGUGUAUAUUCUGUAUUCAAUAAGUUUUCAGAAGUAGUUCUUUGCUUUACGGGUCUUCAUAAGAUGUGUACUGUACACUGAUCGCAUAUAAUGUCAUUCAACGACAUCAGGUUCAUCUGUUUAUUACACUAGAAUCGUAGUACUUAUUGUAGUAAAUUCUCCUUUUUUUUUUUUUUUAAAUACGACAGCUGUGCUGGACAUUUUUUACCAUUCACAUUUGAAGUAAUAAAACAGACUUCGUCAGAUGUGUUAUUGUUAUUGUCUGCCUUUUUUUCCUUCUCUACUGCUAAGUAGAUUGUAAUUAACUGUAAAAACUAUUUUUGUAUAAACUUUUGUUUAUCUACAUUGUUCAGAUGAAUACAUAUUUUCUUUGUCUGGUAAAUUCA